GCUGCCCAGAAGUGACGUAUAUUUUACGGAAACAUUUAGUGCCCUCUGCACCAAACAUAGCGUCUGGUGGUCUGGUUAUGAAUAUUAUUAAUGUUUGUUGUAAUAAAUAAAGUGACACAGAGUAAAUAAAAGUCUGCAAGCAGUAUGAACAAAUUGAUUUUAAUUUUAAAAAAGUGAUAGAUUACAGUAUUUGGUGAGAUGGGAUAUUGUGCUGUACCAGGAUUUAAGAAUAACACAAGGUAUCAUGUAAAAAUGAACAUGCUUCCAAAGGAUAAAAGUAGACAAGCACAGUGGGUAAAAAAUGCUGGUCUAGAUAUUACAAAACUCAAUAAGCAAUCGUUUAUUUGUGAGUACCACUUCACCUCAGACAUGUGGGAAAAAGUACGUGUUGAUGGAACAAAAAAACUGAAAAAAACUGCUGUUCCAACAAUUUUUGGUGAUUUAGUUACUCAAGUUAAAUAUGACUUGAAGAAAACAAAUGAAAGUCCAGUACCAUCAUCAUCAUCAUCAUCACUAGAGCUGGAACAACAAAUAAUAACGAUUCAUGGAGAUUCACCUGAUGAUAUUGUUAUUCAAAAAUACAGUGAGAGUACUCAUAGUGAUGAUGAAAGCAUAGAGUUCGUUGUUACAGUAGCAGGACCUUAUUUUUUAUAAACCAAAAAAUACUAGUGUUAUUCGUACAAAUGGAAAAAAUAUUUAGAUAUUAUACUUGUAAAAAUUUGUUUCACAACCAAAAAAAUUUAAAAAAUUUACUUGUCAAUCAGUUCAAAUGUUUACCAUGUGAUUUUCCUACAUGUCAUGA